CAAAUACGGAAUCCCAGUGGCCAUCCGAGGUAUCGGUGCCGCCAAUUGCCUGGUCGGUACUGUGGAAACCUCGCGUUCGGCGGGAAAGAAGACUCUGGACACUGCGAAGGCCACACUAUUGAUGCAGGUAACAAGGACGACUCCGUUUACCCUAGGGUAAUAUGGAUUCCGACUACGAGGCCACGCAGUGGUCUAGCCUGAACGACAGAAGCCCCAAGACAAUGUAUACACCGAAGCCUCGAACGGUCAUCUAUUUCGAAAUGAAAUAUGCUACAUUCCGAAGCGACUUCCCGAAGUUCCUUCUAGCAGACAUUGACAUGUAUUGUGGCCGGCAGAUAUAAUAAGUGAACAGCCUCCCCUUACUUCCGCUCCGCCUCUCAGGUCUUCUCGCAAUUCCAAUAUCCGUGUCGCUACCGCAAGGCUCUCCCCCCCGGCAACAUGAAGCCCUCUUUGCUAUUAGCUGCGGCUCUUGCAGCCAGCGUGAAUGGCGCAGCCAUUGAGGCCAGACAACGCAGGACAUCCACACGAGUCGUCGGAGGAGAUGUGGAAGAAUGCGGCCUGGAUGCAUUCGUUGGACACACUUCUGAGGCAUCUCUGUUUUGCAGCAGCAUGCUCAAAGGUGGAACUGCCACCGUCACCACCACCUACACCUCACGAGCCACCACAACUACAAAGGUUACCGUGAUCACAACCUUGUAUCCUCCGUCAUCUCCGGCCCCGACGACAACUAUCAGACCACCCACCUCUUCACGGACACCUUCCUCGACCGUUCGCCCUCCUACCUCAAGCCCUAAGCCGUCGUCCACCGUGAAACCUUCAUCGACGCUCAAGCCUUCCUCCACUACCCCGACCCCCUCACCUUCCACCACUCCUGGCUGCGGUCUCGUCGGCUACACCAAGAGCACUUCUGCCUACUACUUCGACUCAAGCGGCACGAAGAACAACUUCGCCGCCUGCUCUGCUGCCUGCAAAGCCGACAGCAAAUGCAAGAGCUUCGGCUACGGAGAAGCCAACUGCAUGCUCUUCGACGUCCUUGCCGGCGACAACACCAACUACAAUCCCAUGUCUCCCUACACUUUCUACGACUCCACCUGCCCCCAGGAGCUCCCCGUCCUCAAAGCCCGCCAGGUCAACAUCUCGCUCGGCCUCCCGCCUGCCGGCAUCUCGUCCGCUUGCUCGUGCCUUAUUGGAAGCGGACCUGGCGCUACGACCACGACGCUUACGACUACGGUUACGAGCAACAGGGUUACGGUUACGCAAACGGUGACGCGGACGGUGAGCUUGCUGCCGGAGGACUUGUUGUAG